UCUCCCAGCCGGCCAAUCAAAUACAUCAAUAGUGAAGCACACUGUUCGGCCAUGUUGUGGUUUUGAAUGAGGAAGAAGCGGGAGAUAGUCGUCUUCAACGAGUUUUUUCACCAACUAACGUAUCGUUGAGGAUAUUAAACGGCGUAGUAUGAGACACUACACCAUAACGGGCAUUCCGAAUGCAGUGGUUGCCACCUCUCGCCUUGCUGUCGUCAUUUAGAAAUAGUUUUGGAAAUUAGCCGCGUUGCUAACAACGUUUUGGCUAGCAAGCGCGUUAGCAUUGCUAUCAGGUAGGCUAGCAAAAUAUCCGUUAGCUAACUACCGGUUCGUGGAAACUCUUGGAAUUCGCCCUGUUUCAUGCGUCUCGCUCGAAUGAUUCGCACGAGGUUUAUUUGUGUUGGCUCCAAAGGCCGCUAGACGCCUCUCACUUGAAGCCAUUUACUAAUAAACCAGCGGCGUAAUUGAGCAAACUUCAAACCAUGCUGAAUAAAUUGUACGAAUGGGUAGAGUCAAGCUUUGGCAAUAUUCGGAAUGGCCUUCCAGCUGUGGAACAGUCUCCUUCAGACCGGUCACCCGGUGAUGAUGACAUUAGGUUGAGACGGAAAAGACGAAUUGAAUGCUUGAAGGAGGGGCAUGGAGGAGACCAAAAUGAACUUCCAGUGAAGAAAUCUCGAAUGGGAGACCUUAUUGACACGGUCAAGAUCGCAGCUGAAGGACUAAAGAAUCGGAGCUCGAGUGUGGCGACAUGGAUGAAGAACAGCGUUAGUCCUACCCUGAGAAACAUCCUGCCUGCUUCCUCUCCUCAGUCUCUUGAGCUUCACACACUGCCAUCAGCAUCAGCAGCAAGAUGGACAACACUUCCAAACUCAGAAGUAAACUUGCUGGAUCAGACGUUUGCUGCUCCCGCUUCCAGUUUGGAGUGGAAAAUGCCCAAAUCCGUAUGCAGGCGACAUGUGAACAUGAGUCCUGCUCAUCAGGAAGUUCCAAAAAUAAAUGGGCACCCAUGCAGCUUGCCCCCCCAAAUCAUGCAGAAAUUGCCUCCCUCUGCAUGGCUCAGCAGGCCCAUAAACCUCAGAAAAUAUGGCACACCAAGUGUGCCAAGUGGAGGGUCCACAACAAGCAGCUCCUCUACCAGCAUGUAUGACAAGACGUUUCCAAUCAAAGUACCGCAGAGGACGUCACGCAGAACUUCAGCGUGCCACAUACCUCAGGCCAGAACCCGUUGCACAGCACAGGAGUCUGUUCAUUUAGAGGAGAAGGAGGCAUACAGGCAGCUUCUGACCAUUGUCUCAGGCGGCCAGUCGUGUCUCGUCAACGGCCACUCCUCCUCCAUCGCGAGGUCGCAGAGAGAUUUCACCAGCUUCCUGAGCCCCAGCCGCAGACUGCUACACUUGUCUUCAUUCGCCGGUUCAGUGGCAGGGGAUAUUCCUGAGGAAGCCGGCAGCCCUCUCAGCACCAGGGACGCGUCGAGCCGGAGCUCCAGCAACCUUCCCAGCCCAGUGGCCGCCUCUUGCAAGCCAGGGAACUACGAGACGGGGUCUGUUGAUGCGGACUUCAGCUGCAGUCAACCCUCCCUGUCCUCUGUGCUGGACACUUGCUCUCAGGAUACUGAGUCAUCAGCACAUGAUGGCGACUCUGUUAUUAUUGUAAAUGAGCAAAAGAGUAAAAAGCAAGACGCCACAAGCAUGCCAUGUUUUCAAGCUGAGUUAUGGAUCAAAGAAUUAACAAGCAUUUAUGACUCUCGGGCAAGAGAAAGGCGAAGACAGAUUGAGGAGCAGGAGGCCUUGGCUGCCCAGCUGCUGCGCCAGCGGCUGUCUGAAGGAGGCCAACGCAGCACAAAUGUGGAGGUUCAUGUUCGAGUUCCUUUGGAGAAGGAGAUUCCGUUGACUCUGGUUAUAGAAGAGUCCUCGUUUUUGGACGACAAGCCAGAAUUCCCACAACUCACAGAGGAAAUGGAGGCACAAGUGGACAAGGUGUUAAGACGCGGGAGUCCUGAUGAAGUGUUCAGUGAGGGUUUCGGUCUCAGUCUGACACGCAAAGAUCUGCAGACGCUCAGUGGGCUGAGCUGGCUAAAUGAUGAGGUGAUAAAUUUUUACAUGAAUCUGCUGGUGGAGCGGAGCAAAGGGCCCAAGCUGCCUUCCGUCAACACAUUCAGCACCUUCUUCUAUCCCAAACUACGCAGCAGCGGCUACUCCGCUGUCCGCCGCUGGACCAAAAAGAUGGACAUCUUUUCCAAAGACAUCCUGUUGGUUCCCGUCCACCUGAGUAUGCACUGGUGCCUCUCUGUGGUGGAUUUUCGCAAAAAGGCUGUCACCUACUUUGACUCCAUGGGAGGAAACAAUGAUGACGCAUGCAAACUGUUGUUUGAUUACCUGCAACAAGAAAGCAAGGACAAAAAGGGCAAAGAACUGGAUACCACAGGCUGGACUUUACACAGCAAAAAGCGCAAUGAAAUCCCACAGCAGAUGAACGGCAGUGACUGCGGAAUGUUCACAUGCAAAUAUGCAGAUUACAUUACCAAAGACAAGCCCAUCACAUUCACACAGAAGCAGAUGCCAUAUUUUAGGAGGAGGAUGGUUUGGGAGAUAGUCAACCAGAAGCUGUUAUGAAUGUGGUUUUGGAGGGCACAUUUAGUUUUCUUGCAACACCAGCUCAUCAGAUCAGGGACCGACGCUGCCACUCUCUCACCUUGGUCCACAGGGUGCUGCUGGAGCACCAAGCACUGCCUCCCAGGCCCCUACCCGGGGUUGGAGUUACGUUUCGGCCUCCUUGCGUGCGUGCGCGCACACACACGCACGCACGCACACACACAAAGACACACACUAAAAUAAAAACAAAAGUGAGUCUUACAACCACGAUAGCCAUGAUCCUGGAACUCAUGUUUGAGUUCCAUGAAACUCGAACAUUACUCGGUCAGGAUUACAAAGUGUCACUGCAGGCAGGGAUCUUCACACAAUGCAAUUUUACAUGUCUUAUGAGCAUUGAAUGCAUUUGUCGCAAGUAAAUUCAAUAUUGAGUUGUGAUGUGGAUAAAAGAUUCACACCAAAUUGACUGACUUUAUGAGAGCUCAGGUGCAUAACUCAAAUUCUGACUGCCCCACUUUUGGGUUUUAUUGUGACUGUUGGCUCAUGCAUGGAGCAUCCUUUUAGUCUAACCGCUGCAGGUUUUGUCAGCAAAGUCAUUGUCGCUCACCAGUCAGUUACAGUGUUGGGCUUGAAGCAGAGAUGUGUCUUGGUGGCAGACAAGUGUGUAUUUUAUCAUAGCAACAUAAUGUACUUCUGUACAGGAAAAUUAAAUAAGCCAACAAAACAAAACUCCAUGGAGCCUUACUAUUGGGCCAUGCAGGUUGUACUUUAGUUUCCUGUAAUAUGCACAUUUCCAUUACAAAAUAGAACUAUUUUUGUAAUUUGAUUAGCACGUUAUUGGAAUGCUGUUUUGCUUUGCUGUUGACCAGCAGGUGAACCCAAGUUCAGUAUCGAUUGUGGUCUUAGUCCCCUGAAAAGGAAGGCUGAAAACAAAACUUCAUUUCCUCACUGAUGAGUCUUUAUCAUAGAUUGUAAAUUAAGGUUCAAAUUCUAUUUUAUGGAUGUGAGUCAACAUUUUUUGAUAUAUUCAGAAUAUUUUAAACUUUGUAUAUAUUUUAAACUUCAAGUUUUUUUUGUACUUCCUAUUUUUCUGAAGUAAGUCUCUUAAUAAAUUCUCAUGUUUUAAUUGUCAA